CUCAUUUUACUAUUAAUCUUACAACGGGCGAUUUUAUAUGCCCAGGCACCAAGAGCGCCAUCCUAUUUGCGUGAUAUCCGGACAGACGUAGGAAUAUGCAACCAAAAGUCCGGAGUGUGGCAGUGAGACGUAAAUGCCUGCCCCCCUAAGUACAAAAGUGAACCGAGUGGACUUAGAUGCUCCAUACGAAGAAUUUCUCUACAAUAGCAGUUAUGAACAGGACAAUAUUAAUCCAGCUUCGGCGGCAAGCUCUGCCCGUGUCGACGAAGCCGCUGUUAUGCUUCCCGCGGCAAUACAUGAGCACAGCCGCAUAUGCAGAUGCUAGAGUGCUAUCUGAACAACCACAUGAGGAUGCAGUUACACAAGCACUGCGUAUCCUACAAACAGCCCCCAUCGCAUGGAGCAGCUCCGGAUCCGCUGCAUUUGAUUUUCGCAGCGACGUAGUCACCAAGCCAACGCUCUCCACGCUCGAGGCUAUAAUUCGAUGCUCUCUUGAUGACGAUGUCUAUCGCGAGGAUGCUGCUACACUUUCUCUCGAGUCUCACAUGGCCUCCCUCACUGGCUUUUCAGGUGCAAUCUUUGUCAACUCAGGCACGAUGGCUAACCAGCUCGCCCUGCGCACGCACCUGACUCAACCGCCCCAUGCAAUUCUCGCAGACUCUCGAUCACACAUUCUGCAUUGGGAAGCUGGUGGGAUUGCGAGUCUCACCGGCGCAAUGGUUCAAACUGCGCGACCAUCCAAUGGGGAGUUCUUGACUGUCGAAGAUAUCAAGAAAAAGGUGGUGCUGUCAGACGACGUGCAUAAGUGCCCUACGCGCGUCAUCUCGCUUGAGAAUACAAUAGGUGGAAUUGUGCAGCCCCUGGAAGAAACGCGUAAGAUUUCGGCCUGGGCACGCGAAAAUGGGCUGAAGCUGCAUCUUGAUGGUGCACGGCUGUGGGAGGCCAUCGCAGCUGGAAGGGGCAACCUACGGGAAUAUGCGAGCUGUUUUGAUAGCGUCGGGCUGGAUUUCUCAAAGGGUCUUGGCGCGCCGAUGGGGGCGGUUAUUGUCGGUGGGGCCGACUUUGUGGCGAGGGCCAGGAGGAUUCGGAAGGGAAUGGGAGGCGCGAUGCGACAAGUGGGUGUGCUGAGCAGUGCAGCCAGGGAGUCCAUGGAAAGCAUAUUUGGACCUGGGCCAUCGGGGUACAAAGAUGGUGGGCUACUGCGACGAUCCCAUCGUUUGGCCUCGAGGGUGGCGGGGAUGUGGAUUGAAAAAGGCGGGAGAUUGUCGAGGCGGACAGAAACGAACAUAGUCUGGGUCGACCUCAAGGCUGCCAAGGUGGAGGAAGAGCUAUUUAAUGAGAUGGGGGCUGAGUAUGGGCUCCGUCUUGACGGUUCGAGGGUGGUGUUACAUUAUCAAAUCUGCGAAGAUGCCAUCGGAAAGCUGGAGAUGUUGUUUAGCCGCAUUCUAGGUAGGGUUUCUCGGGGAUAGGUUCCUAGCAAAAUUCAAUGUGAUAUUGUUGAUAUACGUACCAAAUCCAUAUAAAAUAUACACCAAAAUACAAAGAGGG